AUGGCAAAGGAUGUGAGAGUGUUUGCUGGUACAGAUGCAGUGAAGUCAGUGUCAGUGAUGGAGGGAGAUUCAGUCUCUCUAAACUCUGACACUGAAAUUAAGGAUGAAGAUCUGAUUCUGUGGAGGUUUGGAGAUGAAAACACUGUAAUAGCUGAAAUAGAUGUGCUGGAGGACAGCAUGACUGUAUAUGAAGAUGAUCCUGAUGGGAGAUUCAGAGACAGACUGAAGCUGGACGAUCAAACUGGAUCUCUGACCAUCACAAACACCACAACUGAACAUACUGGAGUUUAUAAACUAGAGAAGACCAGAAAUUUGAGCAAGAGUUUCAAUCUCACUGUCUAUUCUCGUCUGCCUGUUCCUGUCAUCAUCAGAGACUGUUCUUCAUCAUCAUCAUCAUCAUCAUGUUCAGUGGUGUGUUCAUCAGUGUUGAGUGUGUGUGAUGCGACUCUCUCCUGGUACGCAGGAAUGAGUGUAUUGUCCAGCAUCAGUGUGUGUGAUCUCAGCAUCAGUCUCUCUCUACCUCUGGAGGUGGAAUAUCAGGAUAAAAACACCUACAGCUGUGUGCUGAACAAUCCCAUCAGCAACCAGACCACACAUCUGGACAUCAACACACUCUGCCACACAUGUGCAGGUACAGCAGCACUGAUGAUAUAUGUGUGUGUGUUUACUGAGCUGAUUAUAAAGACUGGAGCUGGUUUCAAUGAUUGCAUCAGUCUCUCUCUACCUCUGGAGGUGGAAUAUCAGGAUAAAAACACCUACAGCUGUGUGCUGAACAAUCCCAUCAGCAACCAGACCACACAUCUGGACAUCAACACACUCUGCCACACAUGUGCAGCCGCAACACUGUUUCUGGUGAUACUGGGGAACCCCUUCCCCCUCCACGGGGGCCCCAGGGCCCAGCAGGCCUUAAUCCAACCAGAUAUGGGCUCAUGCAGGAGAGAGAAGACUCUCUCACAAAGAACCAAGGACAAUCUCAGGAGUUUUGGAACAACGACUCCAACCAACGACUCCAAUCACCCACUCUUCCGACUUCCUCACUUCUCCUGGGUGCUCGGCGUGGCCUCAACAGGCUCCAGGGCCCCAGGCCUUGACCAAACCAGCCAUCCGCUCAUGGAGAAAGAUAACUUUCAAACAACUUCCACAUGA